GAGAGAGAGAGAGAGAGAGAGAGAGAGAGAGAGAGAUCAUGGAGAUGGAGUUUGUAGAAGGAAAGGUAGAAGGAGAGAAGGCGUUCGGGGGUGUGGUUUUUCCAAAGACACUGAACCCUCCAAAGGAAGGAGAGAAUGAGAUGAGUUAUGGAGUGAAUGAGUUGGUGGAAAUAGUGAAAGAAAAGAGAGAGUGGUUGAGUGAUUUACUCCAAAUCCACUCUGCUCUUCUCUUCAGGGGAUUUAGGGUCUCCACAGCACUAGAGUUUGGAAGAGUUGUGGAAGCAUUUGGGUGGGAAGAUAUGGAAUAUGUGGGAGCUACCUCACGUCCAAAGGUGGUUGAUAGGGUCUACACUGCCAACGAGGUUCCCCUUGAUCAGCUCAUCAACUUCCACCAUGAGAUGGCCCUGACCAAGAAAUUGACUUCCAAGAUAUUUUUCUUCUGUUCCCAACCUUCUCCAGAAGGUGGUGAGACAUCAAUUGUGCCAAGCUACAUCAUAGUUGAAAAGAUGGAAGAAAAAAUGCCAGAAUUCAUGGCCAAGUUAUCUGAAUUGGGUUUUAUUUUCCGACUUAAUACUCCCAAAGAUUAUGAUCCUACCACUGUGGUUAUCAGGACAUGGAAAUGGGUUCUCAACACUGAAGAUGAAGUUGAAGCUGAAAAGCGGGCCAUGGAAUUGUUUUCUUGUAGUUCAAUCAACUUCAACAAGGACGGGAGUGCUGAAAUGGUUUUUGGACCCAUGAGCCCAAUCAAGGAGUUUGGAGGAAGAAAAGUUUGGUUCUUUACUAUCUUAGGAUACUCAACUAAGGGGAAAGAGAUGGGCAUUAGCUUUGGGGAUGGAAGUGAUUUUCCAGCAGAAGCCUUCGAUACUUACAAGCAAGUCUUGAAUGAGAAUUGUAUUGAUCUGAGGUGGCAAAAGGGAGACAUCUUAUUGCUUGAUAAUCUGAGUGUUCAGCAUGCUAGGCGUCCUGGGAAGCCGCCACGUAGCAUAUUAUUGUCUAUUUGCAAGUAAAAGAAGUCACCCUUGACACCUUUUCCUUCCUAUUU